AUGGGUUUAACUGACAAAUUGAAAGGAAUUAAAAAAGACGACGUUGACAACUACAACGAACAAGCUGGUAAAUACGGUGGUGGUAAAGAUGGCCAAACUGGUACCGACUUAGCUCAAGAAAAGUACAAGGAAUACAACUCAAAGAAGUCUGGUUCUGGUACUGGUUCAGGUGCUGGUACUGCUGCUGGUGCUGGCGCUGCGGGUGCUGGUGCUGGAGCUGCAGGAGGUUACGGUGCUGGUUCAUCAACUUCUGGUAACCACUCUGGUACCACUUCGUCUGGAUACGGUAACAACCAAUCUGGUACCACUUCAUCGGGAUACGGUAACAACCAAUCUGGUACCACUUCAUCGGGAUACGGUAACAAUCAAUCUGGUACCACUUCAUCUGGUUAUGGAAAUCAAUCCGGAUCAACCACCUCAAACGCUUACGGAUCACAAUCUGGUUAUGACAACACCUCAUCUGGCCACCAUGGCUCAUCUGGUCAUCAUGGUGCUGGUACUGCUGGUACCGCCGCAACUGGUGCUGCUGGUGCUGCUGCCUACGGAUCCUCAAACCAAGGUUCCCACGGUACUCACAGCUCCAAAUUAGAUCCAAACAGUGAGUAUGGAUCAGCCACCUAUGGUAGUGAACCAGCCUCAAGUGGUGCUUAUGGUAACCAAAAUGCUCCUUCUCAUGGAUAUGGUAACGAAUACGGCAACACUUCGUCAUCGUCCAAGCAUCAUUCUGGUCACCAAGAUGCAAGCAAACACGCCCCAUCAACCACUGAAGGAGGUGCUGCUGGUGCUUACGACAGUCGUGGAAACACUUCAUCACAAUCUGGUCAUGGAUCAUCCCACACUGGCUCUGGUGCUUACGGUUCUUCCAACACCGGAUCCGGCGCUUACGGUUCUUCCAACACCGGAUCCGGCGCUUACGGUUCUUCCAACACCGGAUCCGGAUCUGGUGCUUACGGUUCUUCCAACACUGGCUCUGGCUCCGGUGCUUAUGGAUCAUCAACUACUGGUUCAGGUGCCGGUACCUCUGGUGGAUACGGUUCAGGCUCGUCAACUGGUCACUCUGGUGCUGGUUCCCACGCUUUCAAGACUGGUAACGAUUCUUUGGAUUCAAAGAUUGCUCAAUUGCCAGAACACUUGCAAAAGGAGGCUCACAAUGAGUUCAACAAGGGUUACGAAGCUGCCAAGUCUCAAUACAAAUCAUAA